CCCCUAAAUAUAUUUUGGUACAUGGCCAGGCCACUAAGCUGCCAACUCACUGCAGAGAAAACAAACUCGCUCGUCAGAAGUACAGUGAGUUAUUUAUCGAAAAUGGCGUUUAUUUCGGACAUAUUAAUAGCAGGAACAUUGCUGAUAAAUGCAUGCGCAGUUCUCAACUUUAAACUAAAGAAGAAGUYUGCAACUGAGUCAUUUGGAGAAGAAAGUGAUGAGCCAACUCUUGGUGAAAAGUUCAAAGAUUUCUUGUUAAAUUUGAGAUACUUUAGAAUAUUCAUUGGGAUCUGGAAUGUCAUUAUGAUGAUUUGUAUGGUCAUUAUCUUUGGAUCAUGACAAAGAAUUCAUGGAUUCUUGGCAUGGGAAAGUGAACCAAGUAUCAAAGUAAAAUAAGAUACAGUAUUAUGUAAUGAUAAAAAAUCAAGCA